AUGCAUUUAGUAAAUACUGAAGAUGCCCCAUUUAAGGAUCGGAAAGUGCCGAGUCCAUUCUUACUAAUACUCUUAGGAUUCUUUAUGCUUAUUGCCUUUUUCACUACACUUAUUGAACAUGAACUACCUUGGGCUAUUGGAGACCAGGACAUAUCAACAAAUGACUCUACCUCAUUUAGUGAGGAAUCUGCGAGAAGAUACUUAACGGAAAUACUUGGAGAUCAGCCAAGGGUAGCCGGCACGGAAUACCACCUCAACAAGACAUUAGAUCUGAAAGAGAUAUUCGAUGGUAUUGCAAGAAAUGCAACCUUACCUGUACACACAGAUUUGCAACUAGUUAAUGGUGCGUUUUGGAUUGAAUUUGGCUCACCCAUGGUGAAUGUUUAUCAUAAUUUAUCUAAUGUUAUCGCAUUAUUGGAAGGAGAGAGCGGUUUCAACAACGAUGGGACAACUGGUUCUUCAAUACUAGUCAAUUGUCAUCACGAUUCUGUGCCUUUUUCUAUAGGAGCAUCAGAUGACGGUCUGUUUUGUGCAGUGAUGGCUGAAACUUUGGCAAAAUUGUCACGUAGAAGUACUAAAUUGAAGCACAAUGUUAUAUUCCUUUCAAAUGGCGCGGAAGAAAACGCUUUACAGGGUAGCCAUGGUUUUCUCAAACAUCCAUGGGCAAAAGGAGUAGUUGCUGUUGUAAACUUAGAAGCGGCUGGGAUGAAUGGAAGGCCUAGCGUUUUUCAGGUAACAAAUACAAGAGUGUUAGAAGGAUAUAGAAGAACGCAUACACGACCUAUUGGACAAGGACUAGGGGAGUUCUUAUUCUCUAGCGGCAUUAUACCUUCUGAUACAGAUUUUCGAAUAUGGAGAGAUUUUGGUCACAUUUAUGGAAUCGAUAUAGCGUUUAUAAAGCAGGGCAACGUGUACCAUACGAGGAACGACAGACCGGAACUAAUACAAUACGGAGUCAUACAAAACGCUGGGAAUAUGCUGCUUAACUUUGUCAGAUAUAUUGCUGACGACAGAAGGUUGGAUAAACCACAACCGGAGUCAUCAGCCGUUUACUUCGAUUACCUUGGGCUUUUUCUGGUGACAUACGACAAUGUUGCAGCCCUGUUAGUCGAUAUAAUAGUGAGCUUACUGGGCUUCGCGACCGUUGUAUACUUUAUGUGGCUCAUUGGCUUCAGGUGGGCAACUGUUUUUGAGUUACUAUGGUCAGUGCUGGGUCGUCUAGCGAGUAUGGCUGGUGGGGUGGCCGUUGCCGCCAUGUUCAUGGGUCUUAUGCUGCUUUUCCGACAAAUGAGAUAUUUAUCAUUACAUUGGCUCGUAGUACCAUUUUAUUGGAUCCCAUAUCUGGUGGUUUCGGUGGCGAUAUCACAUUAUUUUGAUUUCUGGCGAAGUAAGACGCAAGGCCUAAACUCCUCAAUCCGCACAUCACAAGCUAUGACCGCGACCCGACUGCUCAUGUCGCUAACGUUGCUAAUAUUAUGUUGUAUCCCGUCUAUGUGCAACGUGCGGUACAUACUUAGUACGCCUCUUCUCUGGAUGUCUGCAGCGAGUGUGGUAACCAUGUCUAUUAUACGGCAGUGGGGCUUAAAAGCAUGGGAACAUCUACUUAUAGAGAGUUUUAUAAACUUACCUUCAGUGAUGUUCGCCUUCUCCAUAGCAGUGAGGCUGAACUGUUUCCUCAUCCCCAUAACAGGGCGGUCGGGCCUCGACUACCCGGACCUACCCGUCGCAGGAAUUAAUAUCGCACUUGCAGUUUACUUCGCUUCUACAGUUUCCGGCAUCGAACUUCUGUUUUCACGCAAAUGGCUGUGGAUAGUUUUGAGUGGAGUGAUGGUGGUUUGCGUUAUUCUAAUGUUCAUUCCCUUCAGUCCGUACAGCGAUGAGAAUGUUACUCAGAGACAUUACUGGUUUCACACACAAAUAACAUCGUACAAUUCAAACGGUGCGCCAACGGAAUUCAGAUCAGGAGUACAAAUAGUUAAAGUGGAUGCUAACAACGUACAGACAGCUUUGUCAGCGAUCAGAAAUAGUCCGCUAUAUUUACAGGACAACCAACUUAACGAAACAGCCCGCCAACUUAGCGAAACUGACAGCCAACUUAGCGAAACAGUUGAACUUAGCGAAACAGCGAACCAACCCAACUUAACGUUAAAAGAGAGCGACUUAUUUAUUAUAAACGAUGACUGUGAAAACUUGCUCCAUUGCAACAUGCCGUCGUAUAGACCGGGAUUUGAUAGAUUUAUAAGGGGUAGUCUGUUCGUACAGAUGUCACCACCAACACAAUUCAAUCACUCACUGGAGCUAACUAAUCGCGUCUGUGCUUUUGACUCGUGCACUCUCAGUUUUGAAAUGAAUGGCCCCGCGCACAACACUAUAACGAUUUGGCUACGCCCGAACAUCACUCUCAUGAGCUGGUCAGUUCGCGCUGCCAUCAGGCAACCCUCAAUAGUCCAAGAGAGACAACUCUUCACUAUCAUUCAGUCUACAGCUACGUACAGCGAGACUUUCCAACCAAUGGUGUUCAGCAUAAGCCUGAAUGUACCGGAAUCACUGCAGUCAGGCGACCUGGUAGACAUUUCCCACCAUGCUCACAAAAUACACCACCCUGAGGAGUUCACUGACCAAUACAGACAGCUGCUGCAGGUUAUGCCGGAGUACGCAAACAUUGCAACAUUCUUAACAUACAGAAGCAAUUAUAUAUUCUAAGGAAAAACCUUAAAUGGCUCAAUGUUAACGAACCCUGCCCCUGUAGCCAAGUGGUAUGUCGAUUCUCAUUCUACGAUCGCAAACGCUUCGAAAACUAGAAAAAUGUAUGGGAAUGACAUUUGCUAUCGACAGGACACCAGGCCUAGUGGCAGUUUGAUACUGUUACUAUCGCGUUAACGUAAACGCGAAUUUCUAAGGAAUUGAAACAGCGCCAUCUAGUGGCACUACUGCACAGCUAUUUCAAUUCCAUAUAAAUUCGCGUUUACGUUAACGCGAUAGUAACAGUAUGAAAAUAUUAAAAGCUCCCACUAGGCACACUGAUCAAGAUCUGUCAUUCUAGUUUACAUUUUUCUAGUUUUCGAAGCGUUUGUGAUCGUAGAAAAUGAAUCGACGUGCCACUUGGCUAUAGGGGCUGACUCGUGCCGAGAGGUCAUGGGUUCGAACCCCGCGUCACCUGAACUAUUGUCGUACCCACUCUUAUCACAUUUUGAUGGGACGGCGAUAUUAGUAAUAUUGAAAAUUCAUGGCAAGUAUUUUUAUAAAAUAAAAAUAAAUAGUUUUUCACAUU